AUGGACGACCUGCACAAUAUUGUGAAAAAUUAUUUCUCUGUCGAAGCUUUCGGAGUGAAAGUUCCCGACUGUCAACCUCAGAAAAAAGAAGAUGAACGUGCCCAGGAGAUUUUAGAGAAGACUGUGAAUCUCAUCCCUGGUCAAGAUCGGUACGAGAUUGGACAUCUUUACAAAGAUGAAGAUCCAUCACUCGUCAACAGCAAACCCAUGGCAGAAAGCAGAUUAUCUUGUGCUGAAAAGAAAAUGGAUCGAAAUCGUGCUGCUGGAUCUGCUCAUGUGGAGAAAAUAAAUGAAUACAUUAUGAAGGGUUAUGCAAGAAAACUCGACCCUUGUGAAGUCAACAACAACGAACCGAAGGCGUGGUACUUGCCGCAUUUCGUCAUCGACAAGCCCCAUAAACCUGGAAAAUAUCGACUAGUUUUCGACGCCACAGCGAAGAUUCAUGGAAAAUCGCUGAACGAUUAUUUACUGACUGGUCCAGAUUUACUGAAUUCUUUGGCGUCAGUAAUCAUCAAAUUUCGCCAAAAUCAGAUUGGAUUCUCUGGCGACAUUCGUGAUAUGUUCCAUCAAGUACGAGUCAGAAAAGAAGAUUUGGCAUCUCAACGAUUUUUGUGGAGAGGAUGGGACCGAGAGAAGAAACCCGAUAUCUACCAAAUGGAAGUGUUAAUAUUUGGAGGGACCUCGUCACCCACCUCGACGAUAUUUGUGACCCACAAAAAUGCUGACGCCCACCGGGAGGAAUAUCCGGAAGCAGCAGUAGCCAUUAAAACGAAACAUUAUAUGGACGAUUAUUUGGAUUCGAAAAGUACCGUGAAGGAUGCGAUCCAAAUAAUUCAAGGUGUCACCGAAGUACACCGACGAGGAGGUUUUGAGAUCACUGGAUGGGUCUCAAACAGCGAGGAGCUCAUCAAACUCAUCCCAGAAGAGCAUCGUGGCGAAAGGAUGAAGAAUUUUGAUAGUGAUGCUGGGAACAAAGUCGAACGAGUUUUGGGCCUCCAUUGGGAUACAACUGAAGAUUGUUGGUCAUUUCCCAUCAAUUUUAAGAAAAUGCAAAGUCAAGUGAUCAAUGGUGAAACGCACCCGACAAAACGACAGAUUCUUGGAGUCGUAAUGUCAAUUUUCGACCCGAUCGGACUCAUCGCUCAUUACACUGUAAAAGGAAAGAUGUUGUUACAAGCAGUGUGGAGAUCCGGUUACGGGUGGGAUGACGAAAUAACAGGUGAAUGCCUGGACAAUUGGAAAAUUUGGAUUCAAGAAUUGGAAUCAAUAAAGAAUUUGAAGAUUCCACGAUGUUACGCCACUUUCAACUGUGAAGAAAGUGAAGUUGAGCUGCACGUCUUUUGCGACGCUAGUGAACUAGCCUACGCCGCAGCAGCUUAUUUCCGUAUCGACAAUGGACGGACAAUCGAGACGAGUCUAGUGAUGGCCAAAUCAAGAGUAGCCCCCCUGAAAAGUAUAUCGAUCCCGCGGAUGGAGCUUAUGGCAGCCGUAAUGGGGACACGACUCGGAUUCACCGUGAAGAAAGAAUUAGAAUUUGAAACUAAACGAACCGUCUAUUGGAGCGACAACAAAACCGUUCUGUGUUGGAUAAGAGCAGUCGACACUCGUCGCUAUAAGCAAUUCGUCGCACAUCGCGUGGGCGAAAUUUUGGAAUCAACGGAGGGGUCAGAUUGGAAAUGGGUACCUACUCUGGAGAAUGUGGCAGACGACGCCACCAGAAAUACGCCAAGUGAUCUCACUUCUAACGCCAGAUGGUUCCGCGGACCUGAGUUUCUAUGUCAAGAGAAAGAAACCUGGCCAGCGGAAGGAAGUGGACCACUCAACCGAGACGAAGACGAAUCGGAAGAUAUCGAAGUGAAGACAGGAUUUCUAGGAUUGGUGAGAGAAAGUGACACCUACCUACCGAAUUCAGACCGAUUCAAUUUUAUGAAAUUGCUACGUAUUACGGCUUACAUGCUGCGAUUCAUCGAACGAGUCAAGAAUCCAGCGACCUCAGUAAAAUAUCGACAAGCCGUCACCCCUACCGAACUUGCAGCCGCCGAGAAGAUAUGGUGGAGGAAAUGUCAAAAGGAUUCAUUUCCCACUGAAGUCCAACUCCUGCAAGAUAAUGUGGAUUUAUGGAAAUCAAAACAAGCCAACCACAGUCGACUACUCAGAUUAAGUCCAAUCAUGGAUGAAGAUGGAAUCAUCAGAUUGAGAGGAAGAAUUGACCAAGCCUUGUGUAUUGGAUGGGACACUAAACAACCCGUUAUUCUUGACGAUAAGCAUCCGUUCGUUAUAAGGAUGAUUGACUAUUACCACCGCGCCCACCAACACCAAGGUCAAGAAGCAGUGUUUAACGACCUUAGACGGAGAUACUGGAUUUUAGGAAUGAGAUCUGCCGUCAAGAAAUCGUGGAUUCGGUGCAACCGCUGCAAAUUGAACCGAGCCAAACCGUCAUUUCCGGAAAUGGGAGCAUUACCACCUUGUCGAGUUGCAGCUUACGAAGCCCCAUUUACCUACACUGGACUCGAUUACUUUGGUCCAGUAGAAGUUAUCGUUGGAAGGAGCGUCCAGAAACGAUGGGUCGCCCUCUUUGUAUGUAUGACGUCUCGUGCCAUUCAUGUGGAAAUCGCACGAAGAAUUGACACCGAUGAAGCCAUCAACGCGUUGAGAAAAUUUAUGUCCAUUCGAGGACAACCCCGCUGUAUUUUGUCUGACAACGGGACAAACUUCCGGGGAGCAGAUGGCGAACUCAAGAAAGCGAUUGUUGAAUGGAAACACCAACAAAUUGAAGAAUUUUUAUUACCAAAAGGAGUCGAGUGGAAAUUCAUCCCACCUCAGUCACCUCACAUGGGAGGAAACUGGGAACGGAUGGUCAAGACCGUCCUCAAAAACUCCUUAAGAUGUCGAAAACCCACCGAUGAAGUAUUUGAAGUCUAUGUAAAAGAGGCAGCAGAUAUUGUCAACAGCAGCCCUCUCAGUCAUGUGUCCACCGACGCGGACGACCCCAGAAGUCUCACCGCAAAUGACUUAUUACGCCCUGGAAGUGGAAAUGUUGAAACCCCAGGAAAAUUUAUCGAAACCGACCACUACUCGAAGGAAAAGUGUAAGCAUGCCCAGAUUCUAGUACAACAUUUUUGGGAUCGUUGGAUUCAAGAGUGCCUACCAGCAAAAGUCAACCGGAAGAAGUGGCAUGAACAGAAGAACCCUGACCAAGUGGGAGAAGUCGUCAUCGUAGUAGACGACCAAUUACCUCGAAAUCGUUGA